GGCCAGCGGGGAGCGUGAGGGAUGAGGAGAUGUCUGCGGCGGUGAAGUCUCGUCUGGGCGGCGUCCUGCUGUGGACGCUGCUGAGGAUCUGCAGCUGUGAGGACGUGGAGAUUUUCAACUCUGACCUGCAGGCCAGGCUGGGAUGGAGUCCGUCUGAACCCAGCAGAGAGUGGACGGAGGUUGCCAUGAGAGUUGGAACCCAGAGUCCUGUCCCUGUGCUGCAGGCCUGUGGACGGAGGGUGAAGAGAACUCUUUUAGGGCCGUGGAAGGAGCGUGGAGAUGCCCACCACCUCCUGAUGGAUGUGUCCAUCGCCCAAGAAGAGGAGCCGUCGGGUCCGCUGACCCCCCUCCAGCUUCAUGUCAUCGACUCUGACAGUCCUGUGAGAAGGUUUCGGGGCAGCGGGACGGUCCUGCAUGUCAACGCCUCGUCGCCGUUCCCCGGUUCAGCCCCUCCCCAGUUAUCCACAAGCCUAAGCCGACGGGUGGGUCUGAGCCUGGGGCCGGUCAGCCGCAGGGGCUUCCAGCUGGCCCUGUCCUACUCGGGGACAUGUGUGAUGCUGACGUCCAUCAGGAUCUACUACAGGACGUGUCCGGACGUCCUGCUCGACAUGGCCUCCUUCAGACGGGCCGGGGCCGGGUCGGGGCCCCAGGCGGGGGCCUGCGUCCAGGGGGCCGUGGAGCUCUCUCCGCCUGUCAGACGCUGCACUGAAGAUGGAGUGUGGGGGCCGCUGGAGGGGGGGUGUGCAUGUGGGCCCGGGUACCAGACCACGGACCACGUCUGCCAAGCCUGCAGGGUCGGCUACUACCGAGCAGGCGGGGGGCCGGAGGAGUGCCGGGCGUGCCCCCCAAACAGCAGGACCCUGGAGGAGGGCGCCGCAGUCUGCCAGUGCUCCCCGGGUUUCGACAGUCUGCUGGGCGACCCUGAACACCUGCACUGCACCAAGUCCCCCUCCGCCCCUGUCAACCUCACCGCCCAGCACCUCAACGCCUCGGUUCUCCUGCUGACCUGGGACCCCCCUCAGGACCUGGGGGGGCACUCGGACCUGACGUACCGGGUGACGUGCGAGGAGGAGGUCGGCGGCCGGUGGAGGCCGUGCGGGGUCGGGGUGUUCUUCCACCCGGACAACACGUCCGUCAUCGUCCAGGGCCUGGACCCGCAGAAGGACUACCGGCUGUCGGUGCGGGCCUGGAACCCCACGACCGACCGGCAGGGGCCGCCGCACGCCGCCAGCGUCACCGUCCACAGAUGGCUGGUGAGUCCAGCAGUGACUCCAAACGUCUCCAGAGCUUCCCGGCUCGCCACAGCAGCUCCUUACAGCUCCAGGCGCUCGCUCCUCUUCCUCACAGUGGGCUCUGUGUUGGGAGGUCUGCUGCUCGUCGUCCUCAUCCUCGUCCCAAUGUGCCUGCUGCGCCGCAACUACUCCAAACUCCGGUCGGACCAGGACGUUGAGCUUCUACCGAUCAGUGCUGGGGUGUCGUACAGACGCCCUCAGGAGGCGGAGCAGGAGGAGGAGCAACAGGUGGCUGCACCUCCUCAGUCCUUCAACCCGGUGGGGGUGGUCCAGCUGCUGGGGGGGCUCAGCUCCAGGCUCCUGGACAGUCUGAAGGACGUCCUGGUGGAGAGGAACCAGCUGACUCUGGGAAAGGAGCUGGGCAAAGGGGAGUUCGGCUCCGUGUUCGAAGGCGUCUUCUCGCCGGAGGACGCGCCGGACAUCAGGGUGGCGGUGAAGACCAUGAGAGUGGGGAUCCACAGCCUGGAGGACCUGCAGGAGUUCCUGGAGGAGGCGGAGAUCAUGAAGAACUUCCACCAUGAGAACGUGGUCAGACUGCUGGGGGUGACGUUAGAGCGGGAUCAGGACCAUCCUCUACCCGUGCCCCUGGUCAUCCUGCCCUACAUGAAGCACGGAGACCUGCGGCGCUUCCUCAUCGCUACCCGCUAUGGAGACAUUCCCAUGUUCGUCCCUCACCAGAGUCUCCUGCGCUUCAUGAUGGACAUCGCAGUGGGGAUGGACUACCUGAACUCCCAGGGCUUCCUGCACCGAGACCUGGCUGCACGCAACUGCAUGCUGGGUGACGACCUCAGAGUGUGUGUGGCGGACUUCGGCCUGUCGAAGAAAAUCUACAGUAAAAACUACUACCGCCAGAAGGUCGCCGUCCGGCUGCCCAUCAAGUGGAUGUCCAUGGAGAGUCUGUCCGAGUCGCUGUACAGCUCCAAGAGCGACGUGUGGUCCUUCGGGGUGACCAUGUGGGAGAUCAUGUCCAGAGGACGGACCCCCUACCCCGGAGUCCACAACCACGAGCUGCUGGACCUGCUGCAGUCCGGAUACCGGCUGAAAGCCCCCGAGGACUGCGACCACAAGCUGUACCAGGUGAUGAGGAGCUGCUGGGACCCAGACCCGGCCCGCAGGCCCGGCUUCGGGGAGCUGUACCAGGAUCUGGGGGCCCUCCUGGCCCAGCUGCCGGCGCUGGAGGCCGACGUGGAGGCCAACUACAUCAACCAGGGCCUGCAGGCCGCCGCCGCCGCCCUCCAGGACCCUCAGGAUGACCCCGAGUCCAGGGGGGGCAACGUGUAUCUGCCCUGCCCCGUGGGGGCAGCUGCAGCUCCACAGGAGGACGGAGACACGGAGGGGGGGUACCUGAAGUCCGGGACUGGAUCAGCAGCUCAGGAGCUCAGCUGAAGAGGAACUGUGUGUGUGUGUGUGUGUGUGUGUGUGUGUGUGUGUGUGUGUGUGUGUGUGUGUGUGUGUGUGUGUGUGUGUGUGUGCGUGCGUGCGUGCGUGCGUGCGUGUGCGUGCGUGUGCGUGUGUGUGCGUGUGUGUGAACUGUAACAGUCCCGUCAUGCCCCUCCUGUCCACUGGGGGCAGCCGUGAGUUCUCCACCAUGGAGCUGCAGCUAGCUGGUUAGCUUAGCAUAAUUUCAGUAGCAGAAGAUCAAUAGUCCAUAUCGUCCCUCUAACCACGAGAUUGACUGAGCUUUAAUCACCAACAUUAGAACAUCCACAGUUAUCUUAGAUACAUGUGUAUUGUACUUUUAAUCAGAACGUGCUAAAUAACAAAAGGUGUAAAUAUCUUGAAGUGCUUUUGCUUUUAAGUAAACAUUUUUGUCACAAAUAAAGAAUAUUUUCACAGGA